UUUUGCUUCAUCAUCCAACUAAGUUAUCGUCACGGCCAGACAAGAGGAAGAGGAAGGACGUUUAAUCUCUUGCAUUUGCACGUUUAGGAAAAUCAGGAAGUAGAAAAGGACUGAGCACAUAAUUUCAUGUUGUUUCGUCUUACUUCACUUUCACUCACCAACAUGGAUGUCCUUCUCCGAGUUCUUCUCUCUCUCAGCACACUCGCAGGAAUUCACAGCAUAACUACAGUCAGUCAAGUGUCAGUGAGAGUUGGAGGUUCGAUCACCAUUCCAUGUCUCUAUGAGUCACAAUACAUAAACCAUGUGAAAUACUUGUGUAAAGGAUCUACUUGGAACUUCUGCUCUGACGCGAUUAAAACAAACCAACACAAUACAGGGAAGUUUUCCAUCUCUGAUGACAAACAACGAAAAAUCUUUACUGUGACUAUAAAUCAUCUGACUAAAGAGGACACUGAUUACUGGUGUGCUGUGGAGAUUAAUGGAGGAGGAGAUGAAGGAACGUAUUUUAAACUAUCAGUCACCACAAAAACACCCAGUCUAGACAAAACUAAUCAGGAGAUUACAGGAUCCACAGGGAGACCGAUAGCCAUCAAUUGUCCCAACAGUAACUCUGGAGAAAUGAAGUGGUGCAGGUUGGGCGGGUCCUGUUUGACAAAGUCUGGAUCAAUACAUGAAACAGGAUUCACCAUCAGUGCAAGUGUCGCUGGUGUUUUUACUGUGACGAUGAGUGAGCUGAAGACAGAGAGCAGCGGCUGGUAUUUGUGUGUUAAAGGAGACUUACAGAUGCCAGUGCACAUAACUGCUAAUAAUAAUUCCAAAGAUCUGGUCCUACCGCAAAGUGUGCCCGUGGAUCUGAAUGCCUACAUCAUCCCUUUGAGCUUGUUGAUCUUCAUUGUACUGGUGACCGUGUUCAUCUGGUUUAUGUUGAAAAGACACAAGCAGACAAAAAAAGCGGCAUCGGCCAUGACAGCGGCCGAAGAGGAAAUAACAUACAGUACUGUUACGCACAAGAGAAACACUUCAAGCCAGAGUUCACCUGCGGAGAGUGCGGUGGACGUGGUAUAUAGUUCUGUGAUCCCCAUGAAGCAGCAACAUGUACCAAUGGUUGAAGCGAAUGAUGAGAACGUCACAUACAGCACAUUGGCUUAGCUCCAGCACAGCUUAGCAUAUUCAACCACUGCUUGUCUAUUUAUCUUGUAAACUAGUCUGGUUAUUGGUAUUAUUUGGAGAUAACAUUACUAAGAAGCAUUUCCCUGUGUUUGACGAAACUGUUGUCAACAUGUUAACAGUAUUAUUUGUUAGGCCUAAUGCACACGUAAGUCGUCUUGACUCAAAGUGCAUUUACAAACAUUUGUAAUUAUAUUUCAUAACAUGUAAUCUCCUGUCCUUGUUUCAAAUUUCAAUGUGUAAAUGUUUCUAACUGUACUAUAUUAAUAAUAUUCAUUAUUAUAUUGUCAUAAUAUUCAAUAUCAUAUUGUCUUGAAACACCAACCACUGCUUAUGUGCUGCCAUCAGACAUCCUGAUGGUAUAAAACCACUGGAAAUGUUAAAAUAGCACAAUACUGCUACCUAAAGUGUCAAAUCAGUUCAUAUCUUGUAAUGUUCAAAGCUUCCCUUUUAUAGAGUUGCUUUUCAGUUUACAAGUCAGUUUGUAUUGUAAGGUAAAAUGAAUAAUGGCUGAAUUAAAUUGAGCUGCUUCAG